CGAAGGAGCAGCAUCGUCGUGGCCGCCCACGCAUCGUCCUUUACCGUUACUGCUGUGGGCUCGGUUCAGUUCCGAUUAGUUCGCCAUUCGCAUAAGAACCAAUACCAAACCGCUUGGUUUUUUCAUACCAGCGCGAACUAGACAAUGCAAUGAUAUAUAUAUCUGCUAAUGUGUUAGACGUGGAUUAAUUCAAGCCCUAAAACGAAACCCAUACAAGUGCUCGCUGCAAAGUUCGCAAGUAAAAUUGCAUUAAAAUUGCAUUAAAAUUUAAACGAAUUGCGUGUGUGUGUGUGUCUCUGUGAUGCGGAAAGUUGCGGCAGCGCCAAAUUGGAAAAAGUUAAAUGAUUAAAGCGCCAAGUUUGACGAAUUAUGUGAAAGUUUUAAUUCGUAGGCGAACACAAUGUUCCGGUGAAAUUGCCACUGGCGGAAAACGAGCUCGAAAAAGGUAGAAACAUUGCUGAAAAUCAAAUCAAACUUUGAUUUAUCGCUGAUUGGUUCCUGCUUGGCUGUUUGGCAGGCCAUUUGAUUCCGCACACAAAAACAAGAAAUCCCAGACGAGCUUGUGUGUAUAUGUUCCACAUAGGUACACUACAAUACAUAGCUCUUGGGAUAACGAGCCGGAGCAGGCAGAAGAAGACGACCAACCCAGAUUUGCAAAGUUCGUGCCAUAAAUCUGCAGUUUGCAUGGAAUUAAUGCCCAACUUAAAGGGAGGGGGCGGUACAUGCAACACACAUUAGUGGGUCACUCGAAGAUGAUGACGCUGCUGACCGAAGGCGCAACAACAAGAACCGGAGCAAGAGCUACUCGUGUUGGGGUUAAAUUAUAUAAAAUUAUCAUGCAGGGCAGGCAGUUUGAUAGUUGGCCACUCGAAAGCGGCAGGCGGGCCUUGGCUAAACAUCAUCAUCGCCAGCAGCAGCAGCAGCGACCGGCGACGUAUACGUAAUAUGCGCCAUGACGUAUACGUAAUGUGCACCAGGGUUUUGGCCAAUUUGUCCAAGCAAACACAAAACCACUAAGCCAAGCGGAAACGAAAACGAAAACAAAAACAAAAGCGAAAACAGAAACUCGAUCCAAACUAAACACACACAAAACUGUUAACGACAUCAACGAAACUUCUCGGCCAAAUGACGAAAGUUGUCAAACAAUUGCGAAUGUGUUGAGAAGACAAGAAGACCGUGUGCGCCGUUGCGAAAAUGACAAAAUGGCGAAGUUAACGUUGCCUUGUCUUCUGCGGCGACUGCAGCUGGUGGCGCUGCAACUGCAACUGCCACUGCAGCCACAACAACAGGAACCGGAGCAACGUCAUCAGCAGCAGCAGCAGCAACAUCCACACAGCUGCCACUUAUUGGCCAUGCAGCUGGGCCAGGCCAUGCUCCUCUACGGCUGCCUCCUGCUGCUCCACGCCUCCGUGUCCGCCUCUGUCCUGGCCUCGUCCUCCGACUCGACCGCCAUCCCGGUCCUGGUGAAUCUGAGUCUCUCCUCCGCCGUACACGCUCCGGAGGGAUCGGAACCUCUGCCGCGGCAUGAGCAACUCGAGAAGCGCACGCAGAAACGCGAUGCCGCCAAUGUGCCUGAAGAUGACGAAUAUGGCAGUUAUCCGGACGACGUCGACGAUCUGGAGGCCUUGCUUAAUAAUAAGUCAGCUAAGGGGAAAUACAUAGGAGCGCCGUGCAACGAGCUGAAGUGUGACGUCAAGCUGCUGCACGUGUCCUGCGACAAGGAGUCGCAGACCUGCAGCUGCGAGCGCAAUUAUCCUGUGCAGCUGGGACUGAUUAAGGGUUGCGCCAAGCCUAAAAAACUGGGCGACCAGUGUUUCUACGACGAGACUUGCAUCUACAACGACGAGAACUCCCUUUGUGUUCAGGUGCGGCACAAUGCGAUGUGCCAGUGUGCCAGCGGAUUUCAUUCCGUGAGCUAUGUGAAGCCAACGCGUCGCAUCUUUUGCACUCCAGAUCUGAGCGAACUGAGUUCGGAUCUGCCCACUUUGCUGGGCGUCUCCACGGGCAUCGCAGUUCUGGCCGGUCUCAUCUGCAUGGUGCUGCAUCUGUUCAGCAAAACGAAAUAUCCGCGGCAUCGAAACUACGGAGACGCCAGCAUUCCGCCGCCCAUUCUAUACUCCAGCGACACAGGGAUACCGCUCACCGUUCACUCGGCGCGUCCGUCGUCGCGUUCCAGCAUCCGGUCGACGGGAUCGAUUGGCUCCUUUGGCAACCGACGCGCCUCGGCCGGCGGAAUGGGCGGGACUGCUGCCGGCGGAGGCGUGGCUGGCGGCGGUGGCGGAGGCGGAGGAGGAGGAGGAGGAGGCGCGGCGUCGGGAAGCGGCGGCUCGAAGGGCAUCCUGGUGUCGACGUCUCGAACAGGUGCGGCUAGAUCGGCCGCCAUAUUGCUCAUAUCGUGUCACAUAGCGGCGGUGUCCAAACAGAAUUCGCGGGCCUCGUCGCGGCACACAUCCGGAGCGGGCUGCAGCCAGCAUUCGCGAGAUGACCUUGAUGAAGGCGGUGGAGGCGGUGGAGGUGGUGGUAGUGGGAGUGGUUGCCGCAGCUGCGAGAGCACCAUUUCGAUGAACCGCCAACUGCAGAAGCAACUGAACCACCAGCGGCAUCUGCUCAGCUUCGAGCUGUCGCCGGCGAGGUCGCGGAAUCAGGAUAGAUUUAGGACUUUGUUGGGCAUGAAUGGCAUUGACAAUUUGGGGGGCAAGGAGGAGCAUGAGCAGGAGGAGGAUUACGAUGAGUGCGGUCCGCAUAGUAUAGAUCCCAGCACAACAGUCCCUCAUGCCCAUGCCCAUGCCCAUGCCCAUGACCAUGCCUACGAUAGCGAUCCAGUUAAUCUUGAUCCUGGUGGUGGUGUUGGUGGCUUCGGCUACGGCUACGGUUACGGUGUGAUUGGUGGUUACGGCGAUGCCGACACCAAUGGCGGCGACUCCAGCGGCAGAUACGCCACUGGCGCCGAGCUGCAUCACCUGCAAAUUGGCGCACUGCCCACGCCGGCGAGUGAAACGCCCCGAUUUGCGGUAAAUCAACUCAAACAUCAGUCAUCCCAGCAUUCAUUGCUCGAUCGUGUGGUCUGCUCAUCUCCAUCUGCAUUCCGUAUCGCCAUCGCCAUGUCCAUGUCCCACCAAAACAGUGCCACAUCACAACAGAAACAAUGUCAUCUAUGUGCUAUUCGUAUCUGUUCCAUCGUUUUGCAUCCCAUUCCGUUUAGAGAUACUUCAAAGUCUGUGCUAGCCCCUAGUUUAUAUUGUAAUUCUCAAGAUCUUUUCAUCGCAGUCAUCUAACUUUAAAUUUUAUUUUAAAGGAACUCAUUUUCUCAUUUACUUGCUCAUCAGCUAGAAGGCUAAAUUAAAAUUCAUUACUUUUUUUAUCAUCUGUAUUUCUGUGUUCAAACUUUGCAUAAAUAUUUCAACUCACUUGCAAAUUUUUCAACUUUUUUUUGGCUACACUCAAAUAUAAUUGUCCUAGAAACUAAACUAUUAUUACAAUAAAAUUAAAGAUGAGCAUAAAAUUAAUUCCACGAAAGUAAUAAAAUUUUAAAAUUUUUUGGUUUACAAACAAUGCUUUAGACUCUAUUUGUUAUUGAACUAAUACUUUGUUAUAAUACUUUUGGUUUAAGACACACUUAUUGAAACUAAACUUUUAGUUUUUUUGGGUGUAGUGAGAAAGCGAAAUUUUAAUGCAAAUGAAAAACAUAAUGAGGUUCUUGCAGUUCAAAUGCAUGAAACACCAAUCAAAUCUCAUCGUAAAAUGAAAAUUUAAUUAUCAAAUUUAAACUGAAUCAAAUAAAAUUGUUUAAAAGAUUUCUAUUACAACGCAGAUUGGUUACCGAAUUCCAUCAUUCAUUUAGGUACUAUCGAAUUCCAUUCCCCCUCAAUUAUCAGACUUUGUAUUAAAAUCAUGUCUCAUGCCAUAUUUAAAAGUCACAAAUUGUGUUAUUCAUGCAAUCACGUAUCGUUAAUUCAGCUCAGUUUAUUUACAGUUGGAAACUUAAUUUGUGUACAUUGGCGUUGGUUAUCCCCUUUCCCCCUGCUUGUCUAAUUAGUGUUUAAAUUGACAACUCUGUCUAGUUAAAAACGAAAAACUACAAACAAAUUUUGUGUUCUCUUGAUGAUCGAUGUUUUAUGUGCUUCCGAGCCCCUCUUUUUCCAAAUACAAAGUUGUUACAUUGUUAUAAUUUUUCUAUCGUUACUACAAAAAAAAAAAAACACAAACACAUACACAUACACUGCGAUACACACACGCGCACUAAGCCACUAAAUAAAUAUCGAGAAUAAUGUAAUUAAACCAACUCAACAAGAAAGAGAAUGCAACAGAAACUCGUCUCAGGUUUAAUGACACCAUUUGAUAAGGAAUAAUUUUAUAAAAGCCACAGAUUCUGAGGAUGAUCAAAUAUACAUUUCGACAAGAUGAUAUUGAAGCAAUAUGGCGGUGACUAUGUUCAUAGAAAAUCUUCCCUAACUUCCACAAAAAAAAAAAAAAACAAAGUAAUAUUGCAUAACCGUACACGAUUUUCUAUAGCUAAUAUAUUCAACUAUUGCAAAUUAAGAAAAUUAUGUCACACACUCACAUACACAAUACACGCACACACACAAUUGCAUGUAUCCUGUCAGCAGCGAAGGACACUUGUCUGCCGCCAGGAUUCUCCACGUCACUCAACCUCCGGCUGACCUUUUGCCGGCUGAGUUCCCAAAGUUUCCACACACACACACACACACACACGAAUCGAUAAACGAUAUGAAAAUUUUCUUCUAUAUAUGUUAAUCCUGCAACUUUAUAUGCGAAUGUCCUCCGCUUCUUCCUCUUCUUCUAAAUCAGCUACUUUCCUCUUCUGCGCCAUGCAUUCUGAACUAAAGAUGACUGCAUUUUGAAACAAACAAACUUUGCCCCCUAGAAAUUUCUCCUUAUCUUUAUUCUUAUCCUUACAGGAUGUUUGAAAAGUUUUGUGAAUUGUGAGUGCAGGAAUAAGGUCAAGAGUUUGUACUACAUGACGUAUACGUAACAUUCUUCGAGUUAGGUUUUUUUUUUAAUUUAUAGUAUUUCAAAUGUGAAUUAUUCCUUGAGUAGGCCGUGGUUGAGUGUUUAAAUAUUGUGUAAAUAUUUAAUUGUAUUAGCCUUACUUCUUAAAAAUACUUUUAUUUACUUAUUUGGAAAUACUUUUACAUUUCAGUUUAAAAUAAUCUUUAAAAUUACAACUAUAUUUUUGUCGAUAUUAAGUUCAGGUUGUAGGUUAUAAAAAUCCUUUAAUGACUUCUUUGAUUUUUAAAUUUACUAAACUGGAAGGCAACUUUAGGUAAAGGCUACAAUUAGGCUACAUGUAUAUACCCCUUUAAAAGAGUUUUUAUGAGGCUGAGAUAGGGUCCCAAAGAACCUAAUGUUUGGCUGUUAAGGAGUCUUCCGCUGAUCGCACUCGCUUAAUUUGCUUUCCAAUCGCUUGGGAAUGAUCUUUCGCUGUGGCUAUGCAUAUCUGUCUCCUGUCUUUCUCAUAUGUAACUUACUAUCUCUUUCUUAAACGCCGUCUCUUCUAAACAAAACGCUUCGAUACUCACUCAGCUUUGAUACAGCAACCCCAUCCGACAAUCCCCCAUCGAUUCACCUGGCUGACACCUGUGUAUUUUGGUCUCUUCGCUUGUAGGUUCUCGAAGACCAAGUCUAGCGUCGGUGCACAGCACCAGUUCCUCGGUGCGCAGCUACAGCA